AUAAAAUGAUGCGUUUCGGUCCACUACAAGUCAGUUUCAAUUUGUGAACCGAAUUCAAACAAACAUGAAGGUCCUUGCUUUGGUCUUAGCAGCUGUAGCCCUUUGCUCCGCCGCCCCUCGUGAAGAGGGUCCAGGAUGCCGUGCCCCAAAUGGUGGUGGUCUUGUUCCAGUCCUCGAAGAAUUCAUUGAUAUGGUCCCACUUGACCAAAUCUUGGAAAUUCUUUUGACCGCCAUCACCUCUGAUCCAGAAGUCCAAACCGUGAUGGAGUACCUCUCAGGAGAAGAAUUCCACGGAAUCCUUCUCAGUAUCAAGAACGAUCCUGAAUUCGAUGGUUUGAUUGCCUUCUGUUGUCAAGAAUUGUACCUCGAUGCUGCCUACUACAUCAACUUCCUCCUCGGUAUCCUCGGAUUCCCUGAAAUCCGUUCAGACCGUGCCUACCGUGCUGGUGGAUUGAACGGCAUGUUGGACGAAAUCCUCGCCCUUAUUCCACUCGAUGCUUUGGAAGCCCUCCUUAAUGAGAAAUUGGCCACAGACUACUACCUCCAAUUGGCCUUCAAGAAGAUCAACUCUGAUGAAUUCGGUGCCGUCAUUGAACGUCUCCAAUCCAACGUUGCCUACGUCGACAUGAAGGAUCGUCUACGUGGUUUGGGAGUUGAUGUUGAUGGAAUUAUUGACUUCAUUAACAAGAUCUUCCAACGUUGAACACUGUAACUCAAAGAGUUGAGUACAAUCAAUGCUGUUUGAAUAAACAUUCUUAUGUAAUGUA